CCCUCCCAAAAAAAAAAAAAAAAAAAAAGAAAAAGGCAGUUUUACCCUAAUAUCACGGGGCAGACCGCACACUCUAAAAAUUGAACCAAAUUCUCUCUCCUCACACCUUCAAAACCUCAUUCUCUCGCCUCCGAAACAGAUUAAGUGAAGAAGAAGAAGGGGGCAAAUCUCAUUAUUGAUGUGCUAACAAUGGCGUCCUCCUAUAUUCCUGUAAAUGUGAUGUUUGAUAUUUUGGCAAGGCUACCAGCAAAAUCUUUGUUGCGGUUCAAGUGUGUAUGCAAAGAGUGGUACAAUCUCAUCAAUAGCUCGCCUUUUAUUCAACAUCAUCUUACGAAGUCUAUGGAAAUCGAUUCCCAUCUUCAUGAUAGUCUAUUUAUUUUUACCCAAGGCGAAUUCCUUUAUCUUGGAGAAAAUAUUGAGUCUCCCUCUCAAGUUGUUAAAUUAAAUUUGGUGCCUAAAAAUUGUAUUAGUUCGGACAUUCGUGUUAUAGGUACAUGCAAUGGCUUGGUUUGCCUUGAGAUCGGUAAUAAUAAGGGCUUCAUAAUAUUCAAUCCAUUAACUUGUAUUUUUAAACCAGUCCAUUGCAAUUGCCCGGUGAUGAAAUAUUAUAAUAGGUGCAUGGAAUAUGGGUUUGGCUAUGAUAGUCAAAAUGUUGAUUAUGAGAUUGUCGUGAUAAUGUUGGGAGAAGUUAGAGACAUUUGGAUUUAUAGUUUGAAUUCGAAUUCAUGGAGAACAAUGACAACGACUUGCUCACAACUGCCUCACAACUGCCUCGACUUGUACCUCUCCAAAAAAAGUUUUAUGUUCCUCAAUGCCCUAGUAUGUAUAGAAAUGGUAUGCUACAUUGUGUUCUCCGAGGGGUCGAUGAUGUAUCCCAAAUAAAUUUGGAUUUGGAAGGUAAUUUAAUGGGUGAAGAUAAUAUACAUCUUCGAAUGGCUUGUUUUAAUCUUUCUACAGAAGAAUGGGAGGAUGAGGACUUGGGUUUUCCAAAUACUGAUCCUGAUGAUGAUACUAUACUUCGUGUCUAUUUAUCGUUUUUGAAUGGAUGUUUUUGUCCAUCUCUUUUAACUUUGAAUUUUAUAGAUGUAUGGAUCAAGAAAGAAUCAUGGACUAAAUUGUGUCGUGUAUCACGCCACAAUAAGGAAUUGGUAUCAUUACAAUGUCCUCUCAUUGCUUAUACGAGUACAAGAUCGGAAGCUUUAUUGUUCCACUACGCUAAACAUCCUAAUCUGGUCUGGUAUGAUCUCAAAUAUGAAAAGUUGGAGCAAUAUGAAGGUCGCAUCAAUAGUGGCUACAUCGGCUAUGUAAAUCUUUGUGUAGGAACCCUUGUUUCUAUUCCAGAGGGCCAGCGGGCUCCCAAAGCUAAUUAUGUUGAAGAGGGUAAAUUAAAUAAACCAAAAGACAAUAAUUUGCCUGCCUUGCCAAAGAAAUUGGAGAAGAAGUUUAAAGGAAAGAAAAUAUUGUACUAUUCGUGGAAUAGAACGUCUUAGCGCAAAACUUGUAUAAUUGUAUUGCAUGAUUGCAUCAAUGUUAGUACUAAGCUAGCUCUAAAUACAUCUAUUUUAAUAUUCUUCGUUCUUUAUUUUGUUGGAACUUAAUCAAGUUUUAUGUUUUUUUUUUUUUAAUA